GAAGCGGGCUGGUGCCAGACCUGGUCUUCGUCGCCUCACCCCGUCCACCCGCCCGCCAUGCUGCCCGCCCUCAAGCUGCUACGCCUCCGCCCGCGUCCGCCCGUCGCCGACCGGCUCUUCCGACGCCGCGGCAGCGCCCGGACCCCUCCGGCGGCCCCGGGGCCGGCCCCCCAGCGCCGGGACGGGGCCGAAGCCGGCCUGGACAUCGUCUCCCCGGAGGCGAAGGCGGAGCGGGAUUUUGACGGAGCCAUCAAGGCCGAGUUGGCGGACCAGCUGAAGCUCCUCAAGAAGCGUUUCCUGGACCACCUGGUGGGUCCGGAGGGCCGGCCCAUGCGGGAGGUCCUGCUGGAGAACGCCCGGGUGGUCUGGCGGUUCCGCGGCCCGGCGGACCUGGCCGGGUGGCUGGUGACUUCGGACAAGGCCAUCGGCGGCCGCAGCGAGGCCUUCCUGAAGAUGGGCAGGAACAACCAGAGCGCCCUGCUCUACGGGACGCUCAGCACCGAGGUCCCCCGCGACGGGCAGACCCGCUACAGCGGCUACUGCGCGAUGAUAUCCAGGAUCCCCAGGGGCUUCCUGGACAAGAAGGAGUCCUACGACUGGUCCAACUUCAACACGCUCUACCUGCGCGUCCGCGGCGACGGCCGGCCCUGGAUGGUCAACAUCAGAGAGGACACGGACCUCUUCCACAGGAGGCAUUUGAUGUACAGUUACUUCAUGUUCACCCGCGGCGGGCCACAUUGGCAGGAAGUCAAGAUUCCCUUUUCCAAGUUCUUCCUGUCCAGCCACGGGAAAGUCCGGGAUGGCCAGUUCCAGCUCCUGGCAGACAAGGUGGCCACGGUGGGCUUCACGCUGGCCGACAAGGUGAACGGGCCCUUCUUCCUGGAGAUCGAUUUCAUCGGCGUGUUCCACGACCCCGCGCACAUCGAGGAGUUCGCCUACGAGAACACGGAAGUCCUGUGCCCCCGCCUUUAGGUGGACUCACCCGCUUGGAGCCCCAAGAACCCCGCUUUGUUACGUCGUAGACGCUCUUUGCAGGUGGUAGGGCAGGCCCGUCGGGGGGCAAUCCCUUCGUCAACUUUAUUAAUGAUAUUAUUAAUAAAUCAUUUUUUUGAAGCACUAUCA